GGUACACCACCACCACCGCACAUGUGACUGCGAAGUAAAUAUUCGACAGAAACUUUGGUUCUAUUUUCCAUUAAUGAUUUCCCCAAUAUUGUGAAAAAGACACCUCCAUCGUGGCAGCCAACAUUUCAAGGGCCCUUGGGGAGAACAGUUCUCUGACAACUCAUUGGGCUGCCCUGGUAAGACAGGACUCAAAUCAACAAACUCGUUAGCCGGUUCUCCGUGCUGUUUUCCAAGCAACUCCAGGACACCAGCCGUCUCUCUCGUACAUGUAGAUCCUGCUUGUCAGUUACUGAUACGUCCAGUAUGUCGACAGCGGGAACCAGUGAGCCUGCGAGUCGAGCAGAUGCAAACACAGCAGAAUUCAUCAAACAAGAGACUGUUCACCGAGAGAAGUGGAUAUCCUUAGAGAGGAUUACAUACAAAGAUCCAUCAGGAAAAGUCAGGACAUGGGAGAUGGUGGAGAGAACUACCAAACCUCAGAGAGUUGGGGUCGCUGAUGCUGUUGCUAUGGUAACAAUUCUAAAGAGGCUACUUCAUUACGACUGCUUGAUAUUGGUGCGGCAGUUCCGACCACCACUCAAGUGUUAUACGAUAGAAUUCCCUGCAGGUUUAAUAGACAAUGAUGAAAUGCCCUCAGAAGCAGCGAUUCGAGAGCUGAAGGAAGAGACAGGCUAUGUUGGGACAGUAAGCAGUGUCUCUCCAGUGACUGCAAUGGAUCCUGGUCUCUCUGCCUCAACUUUGAACUUAGUAUACAUGCAGAUAGAUGGAGAUGAACCGUUCAACCAAAGGCCUGUAUCCAAUCCAGAUGAAGGAGAAUUUAUUGAAGUAAUUCAAGCACCAAUGCAUGAACUUCUGCAUAAGCUAAAUGAAUACAGCAAUGCUGGUGAUUUUGUAGAUGCACGGGUGUAUACCUACGCAGCAACUCUGGCGCAGUUCCAGCCCCAGGAAGGCGAAGAAGGUACAGACCUGCAAAAGGGACUCUUCAGGAAAUAAAUACCAAAGGAAAACUUGACCGAAAAAGGUACAAAUUAAAGUUUUGUUGACACCUGAGGCAAUUUUUCUUAGAAGGAUCUUGUACUGCCUCUUGAUUGAUGAACAAAGUUGUUAUAUUAUAUUCAAUAGAAUUUGUGCCUUAUGAUUUUUUUUAUUUCCAUAUAUGAAUUUUGUUUUGUUUCAAGGAAUCAAAGAUUCAUCAACCAUUCAGAGAGGUACUUUCUUUUUUUAAUUAUAAAAGAACCACAGGUCAAAACAUAUUUUUUAUUAAUUUUCAUAUUUACAAAUGAUUUGUUUAAUAAUCUGGUACUCGAUAAUAUUGUACAGUUAAUAAUUGGAGUAGAAUUUUUAUAUUGAUAUCAGUAUUCUAAAUACAAUGUAGAGGGUUUUUGAUGGAGUUAUUGUAAUGGCUAGAUGAAUAAUUACUUUUUAAUUUGUUAAAUGCAAAACAAACAAGGGAUGCAAUUUUGGGCUGAGUUAUUUGGGGGCUGGGUUAUCAUUGUGUGUUUUUCUUAUGAAAUGAUUUAUAGACGUGUUGUAAAUGGCGUGUUGCAAAUAGACGUGUUGCAAAUGGCGUAACCGUUUAAAUAUCUGCGCAACAACAUGGCGUCUAUGCGCGUGUGCGUGCGUGUGUGCGUGCAUUUGCCGUACAAAUAAAAUCGAGAAUGCUUCAAGCUUCAUCGAUGUUUGCGUUUGGACGCGCAUACGGUUUGCCCUACAAGAUGGCGACUUUCAUAGCAAAAAAGGGGUUAUUCAAUACGCUUUAUACAUUUCAUCGCAAGACAAAUAAUAACCAUGGUGGUUAAUUUGUAUUAUGGCAUCACACUUUACUUAGCAAUCGAAGCAACUAAGAACCAUUUUAGCUCUUUGUGAAAUCCACGCCUGGUAUCUGUAUAACAGAGUCGUCCCAACCAUGCAGAGAAACAAUUAUAAUUGUUCCUCGUCUACAUCAAGGAACAUUAACGGGUAUAUAUACAAACAGUUUAGGUGGUCGUUGGAUUUAGUGAGUACAGUGAGGUAUGUGAUACACGUAGCUAUAAAGUUAGUACAGUCACAUUGGCCUCGGCAAGAAUAGUGAUCUAGGCCUACAGUAAGCAUUAUUCAUGUACAACAAAUGUUGCGAUCAGGAGACUAAACAUGUAUGUAUGUAUGUAUGUGUGUGUCUCCAGUUUCUGAUACAACUUCCUGUACAAAGACAUCCAUAAUGCUUGAUACAUCUAUGCUGAUCUUAAACUGUUUACAUUAAACCGUUUAUUUUACCUUUGCGCUUAUUAGUAACUUUAAGCUUGAUUUAUAGAUUGGCCUAUUUUAUGUUAAUAGCCUUAAAAGUUGGAUUUAAUGCUGGAUACAUGUUUAAUCAUUAGUUCUUCUAACUGGGGAACAAUGUGGUUACUUUCUUUUGAGUCGGGAUGGAAGUGAAAAGAGCUGCUUACUCCAUAGCAAUCGACGUUUCGACUAGUAUGUCCCGAUUGUCUUCGGGAAUUUGUGUUAAUAAUUGUCCACCACAAGGGUUUCAGGACACACUUCACAUACAUAACACAGGAGACCAGAAUUUAUACUGGGAAAUUCGCCAUCUUCACAAUUCUAGUAUCUUUUUAGUCCUCAGUGUUUUUUUUCUUACAAUAAUAACAUUAUACAAAAUGUUUGCCAAAUUAUUUUUGCCAAGGGGGUUGUCACACAUUUUACAUUUGCCAAAAUAAUAUAAAUAAAACAUUCCUGUAUUUUCAAUUUUCCAAUCCAGAGAACAGAAACCCAUGUGUAGGUUGUGAUUGGUGAGGCCUAUUCUUGCAUUUAAAUGAGGCCCUUUCUGACUUUUGACAACUUGGAUUCAUAGAAGUAAGAAAUGAAAGAUUGCGAUGAACGCAUGUAUAAUGGCUUUUAUAAAAAUGUAUGGUUCUAAGAGAAAUCAACACUCAAUUAGUAAAAAAAAAAAGUAAUAAAACAUAAAAAAAAUAAUUAAUCAUUCGAAAAAUAAAUACAUGUAUCUGACAUGGUAGUCAAUGUGUAAAAAUGGUUUGGGUGUGAAGCUUGAAGGUCUUGUACAAAGUAAACUAUUCUCCAAUCAGCGAUUGUAUAUUUCUUAUAUCUAGGUGCAGUACUUCAUAGUCUUGUGUUGUGACGUCAUUCAUAACAUACUAGUCUCCGUCUGGACCAUAACAUCGGCAGACCCCUGUCGCUAUUGUCUCCGUUUUAAAGCAAAACCCUGGAUUAGGCUCUGGGUUUAAUGAAAGCCGAGUCUACCUUUCUAGAGCAUCAUGAAGAAAUAUUAUGAAGUGAUGCACACAUAUGUGAAUGUACUCUCGUUAAUUCCGAUACUUUAAAGUUUUAUAUAAACAAAUCAUAAAUGACAUUAAAUGGUAUUCGCGUUAAACGUAUUCAAUGAAGCUGCGUCUGCCUUUCUAAAGCCACGUGCAGAAAGCAGACGUUGUCAAACCGCAAACUAUUUUGACAAUGUCUGCUUUCUGCACGUGGCUUUAGAAAGGCAGAUAACGCAAGCCGGCGAAGCCGAAGGGCUGUAAUAUCAAAAAUCCCAAUUGACAGGGUAAUUCAACACGCAAAAUGGCGCAUACCUGUAAAGCGAUAUUGUCAUUAGGAACGGUUUGUUUUUACGUGUAUUUGUUCGAGCGAAGAAACGAAGUGUUAGACUGUAUAAACAUUCGUGGACCUCAUAUUUGUUGAGAAUUAUAAAUUGAUUUUGCUUUUUGAUAUUAUGUAGUCGUGUAGUUGUUUUAUGCAUAGGUUACACAGAAAAUCUUCUUUUUCGUUUUAUACUUCUAGGCAGUGUAUUUUCGGUCACUAAAUGUCUAAUGAGAACUUCAUUCGUGAUGUACGGUAUAUAGGCACCUAUAUCCAUAUUGUGUUAAGAAAAGUUCGUCCAACGUAAACUCAAGCCUCUAGUUUUUGAUAGAUACCAACCAGUAUGGUUUACUUGGCUUGCUUUCUGAAGAUUGCAUUCCUUCAAUUGUUUUGCUUUCCAAAAGGCGUAUAUGAAAUGAUGGUAUAUUGGUGUGUUCCUGUAAAUGUACUCUCAUUACUACUAUUUUAAAUUUUCUAGAAAUAUAUAACAAUCGACAUUAGGUGGUAUAUAGUUAUAAACGUAUUCAGAGAAGUAAGUAUACAUAAUAAACACGUACAUUAUUACCAUUGACUUUCAAAAUCUA